AUCUUAUGGGCGAGUAGAAUUUUAAUGGAGUUCAAGCGACAAAAAAAAAGAUCGAGUACAAUGUGUUCAGUAGUUUUGACAUCUUGAGCUGACAAAUUUGUCAAUGGGCAAGAAGGCGAAAGAGAGGGCCAAGGAGAGGCGAGAAAAACGUUUGCAGCAAAUCUCUGAGCUCCGAAAAGUACCUAUCUCCCCGCGCCUCAGAUGGUGGUCUUCCGAUACAGUGGCCGUUGUGACAGGAGCCAAUAGGGGGAUUGGCUUUGAGAUUGCUCGCCAAUUAGCGUCCUACGGCCUCCAUGUAAUCAUGGCCUCAAGGGAUGCGGAGCGUGGGCGGCAUGUAGCAGAGACGCUGCAGAAUGAUGGCCUCAAUGUCAUAUCUCACCAGCUCGACAUCUCAGAUCAAAUAUCUGUCGAAUCCUUUUCAAAGUGGGUUGUUCUCAAUUAUGGUGGAAUUGACAUCCUGGUAAACAAUGCUGGUAUCAAUUUCAAUUUAGGAUCGGAAAAUUCAAUUGAAUUUGCAGGGAAGGUUAUUGAAACAAACUAUGUUGGCACAAAAAGGAUCAUUGAAACUAUAAUCCCAGUGAUGAAACCUUCUGAGAAUGGUGCUCGGAUAUUGAAUGUGAGCUCAAGACUUGGUAGAGUGAAUGGAAGGCGAAAUAGAUUGGGGGAUCCAACCCUGAGAGAGAAACUCCUGACCGAUGACCAUAUCUCUGAAGAACUUAUUGAUGGCAUGGUUGCUGACUUCCUCAAACAAGUGAGAGAUGGAACUUGGAAAGCAAACGGGUGGCCUCAAAUGUUCACUGACUACUCAGUCUCAAAGCUGGCUGUCAAUGCGUACACUAGGUUAAUAUCAAGAUUGCUUUCUAGCAGGCCAGAAGGUCAUAGAAUUUACAUCAAUUGCUACUGUCCUGGUUGGGUGAAGACUGCCAUGACUGGUUGGGAAGGAAACCUGUCUGCUGAGGAAGGUGCAGAUACUGGUGUAUGGGUCGUCCUGCUACCAAACCAGUCACCGACGGGUAAAUUUUUUGCAGAGAGAAGAGAAAUAAGCUUCUAGGAUACUACUUCCUAGAAGUUUAUUUCUCCUCUCUGCAUUCUAGUUGCUUCUUAAAGCAGCUUUUUAGUACAAAACUUUAAAUUUUUAUAUUGAAAGCUGCUUCAAGAAACAACUAGAAAGUCAUCCCAAACCAAGCCUAAAAACUCCAGUCGAGGCUAAGCUAGAUUCACAAAUUAAAAACAGAAUGCCGAGGACAUUAUCAAUAUACCUAAUAGGAUGAGUUGCGGAACGUUCUUUGCACUGUGUGCAAUUGCAAAAUCACUUUAUAUUUUUUUUUCUGUUUUAUGAACUUGUAUAUUGAUAGGAGAUGAGUCAUCUUAAUAAGUUAUCUAAAAGUGUUACUAUAAA